AUGGUGUCAACCACGCCCUUCCGUAAGCCCCAGAGCCGCCAGCGGCCGCCGCCCAGUCGACGAAGAGAUAAACCGCAGCUGUCGUGCACCCCAUGCAGAAUCAAGAAAAGAAGAUGCGACCGUCGUGCACCAUGUGGGAGAUGCGCCAGGAUAGGAGACACAUCUAACUGCGUCUAUGUCCCUUUUCGCCCCAACGGCACCGCGCGAGAGCAGUCAGCAGUGUCGCUGGACCCUGGCAUCACGGUGGCCGCCAGGGGGGCUCCUCUAGCAGCUUUCUUGAACGGUCAGGCUGGAGGCGUGAUCCGUGGUAGAGAUUCGCCAACAAAUCCUGCGAGAAAUUGGGCACGGGCAGUGCCGGAGGCCCUGGAACGCACCGACGGGGCCGUGAUGGGCCGGGAGAGAUUAAGGGAUGCAGACAUAAACGGCAUGGCAUCCAAAGUUUCUUUCGCUGACCUCUUUGCCGAUAAGCUUCGGUCCAAAACUAUGUUUGCCGCGCCUACGCAGCCGCGUUCGAGCGAUCGAUCAGGGCCAAAAACUUCCACCCAGCUCGGAGUCCCCGCUAAGUACGAGCAAGACUCGAAGGGCCAAGUUUACCACAGCAUCUUCAAGUUCCCAAUAUGA